CAAACACGCUGCACGGCAUCUGACUAGCUGCCCCCUGGUGACGCACAGGCUGCGCCGGAAGUGCGAACCGUCGGUAUCCGGUCUCUGUCAUGGCGACUGCUGCGGCGCGUUGGAACCAUGUGUGGGUCGGCACCGAGACUGGGAUCUUGAAAGGGGUAAAUCUUCAGCGAAAACAGGCGGCGAACUUCACGGCUGGAGGACAGCCGCGGCGCGAGGAGUCGGUGAGCGCUCUGUGCUGGGGCGCCGGCGGCGAGACCCAGAUCCUGGUGGGCUGCGCGGACCGGACAGUGAAGCACUUCAGCACCGAGGACGGCAUAUUCCAGGGUCUGAGACACUGUCCGGGCGGGGAGGGCACGUUCCGUGGCCUCGCCCAGGCCGACGGCACCAUCAUCACAUGUGUGGAUUCUGGGAUUCUCAGAGUAUGGCAUGACAAUGACAAGGACAUAUCCUCCGACCCACUCCUGGAAGUGAGAGUGGGCCCUGGGGUGUGUAGGAUGCGCCAAGACCCAGCACACCCCCAUGUGGUUGCCACAGGUGGGAAAGAGAAUGCCUUGAAGAUGUGGGACCUGCAGGGCUCUGAGGAACCUGUGUUCAGGGCCAAGAACGUGCGGAAUGACUGGCUGGACUUGCGAGUUCCCAUCUGGGACCAGGACAUACAGUUUCUCCCAGGAUCACAGAAGCUUGUCACCUGUACAGGGUACCAUCAGGUCCGUGUCUAUGAUCCAGCCUCCCCUCAGCGCCGGCCAGUCCUAGAGACCACCUAUGGAGAGUACCCACUGACAGCCAUGACCCUCACUCCUGGAGGCAACUCAGUGAUUGUGGGAAACACUCAUGGGCAGCUGGCAGAAAUUGACCUUCGGCAAGGGCGUCUACUGGGCUGUCUGAAGGGGCUGGCAGGCAGUGUCCGUGGGUUGCAGUGCCACCCUUCCAAACCUCUACUAGCCUCCUGUGGCUUGGACAGAGUCUUAAGGAUACACAGGAUCCAGAAUCCACGGGGUCUGGAACAUAAGGUUUAUCUCAAGUCUCAAUUGAACUGCCUCCUCCUGUCAGACAGGGACAACUGGGAGGAUGAGCCCCAAGAACCUCAAGAACCCAACAAGGUGCCCCUAGAAGACACAGAGACAGAUGAACUUUGGGCAUCCUUGGAGGCAGCUGCCAAGCGGAAGCUCUCAGAUUUGGAGCAGACCCAAGGAGCUCUCCAAACCAGACGGAGAAAGAAGAAGCGACCUGGGUCCACCAGCCCCUGACGCCUCUGUGCCCAGUUUGUAAAUAAACAGCAAAACACCCAC